UUAAAUUAAAAUAAAUUAAAGCACCAUGCUUAAAUCAAUUGUUUUAAUUAGUUUGUGUGGACUAGUGUUGGCCCACUAUAGUGAUGAUGAAGAGCACCAACAACUGCAUAAAUUGGCCGCCGAUAUCAUGCAAAAUCUACAGAAAGAUCAUAUGCCAGGUGAGGGAUCAAACAGUGGUGCCCCCAACGCACCCAUUCAUCACUUGCAUAAUAUCGGCAAAAACGCUAUGAAUUCAGACUUUAUUCAAAAGACGGAUAAAUUGAAGGUUUCGGUGGGCGUUAAAGGCAUUAAGUUUGUGUCGGUUGAGGCUAAUGGCAAAGUGGUGAACAUCAGCACCGGUUUUGGUGUCGGAGCCGUUGCUCUCUAUUCGGUGCAAACGGAUGACAACCAUUUGAUGCGUUACUAUAACUCU